AUGUUACAGAAGGCUCAGAGGCAGCCCCCCCCCACCACCACCACCAUCCUGGAGAAACACAAGACCUCGAGACCGCCGUCCCUGGCGGGUCUGGUCCGGGAGGCCAAGCCAAAGCCGGCGGCCAAACCAGAAGCCAAGGAAGCCCCCCCGGUCGCCGUGCUGAGGACGGGGGCGCUGGUGGUGGACAUGGGCUCGGGGAGCUCCAGGGUCGGCCACGCCGGACAACCCAGACCCGGGUCCGUCACCGACGCGGUGGUGGGCUACCCCCGGGGCAAGAGCAAGAGGAGGGACGCGGUGAUGGGCGCGGCCACCACGGCCGAGCCGGACCUGGCCCUGGUCAGGCCGACCAGGCAAGGCGUCGUGGUGGACUGGGAAGCGGCCGAGGACCUCCUGAGGCACGCCUUCUACCAGGAGCUCGGGGUCUGCCCGGAGGAACACGCCGUCCUGAUCUCGGACCCUCCUCUCAGCCCCACCACCAACCGGGAGAAGAUGGCGGAGGUGAUGUUCGAGAGGUUCCACGUGCCCGCCAUGCACGUGUCCUACCAGUCGGUGUUGGCCGUGUACUCCUACGGGAAGACCUCGGGUCUGGUGGUGGACUCGGGAGACGGCGCGACCCACGCCGUCCCGGUCCACGACGGCUACAACCUGCCCGACGCCAUCACCCGGGUGGACCUGGCCGGCUUCGACCUGACCUCGUACCUCAUCCGACUGCUCAGCGAGGCGGGCAACGCCUUCCACGAGAAAGGCAGGUACAUCGUGGACGACAUCAAGCAGAAGUGCUGCUACGUGGCCGUGGACCACGAGAGGGAGAGGAACCAGCUGGACCUGGUGGACUACGAGCUGCCCGACGGGCACAUCAUCACCAUCGGGAAGGAGCGCUUCCACUGCCCCGAGGCGCUCUUCCACCCCAACCUCAUGGACUCCGACCAGGAGGGCAUCCAGGUGGCCGCCAUCAACAGCCUGAAGCGGGUCCAACCCCAACUCAGGCAGUUGAUGUUCGACAACGUGCUGCUGAGCGGAGGGUCCACCCUGUUCGAGGGCUUCUACGCGCGCUUCUGCAAGGAGAUGUUCGCCCUGGUCCCCAAGGGCACCAGGACCAAUGUCCACGCCGUGCCCGAGAGGAGACACGCCGUCUGGAUCGGGGGCUCGAUUUUGGCGUCGCUCAAAGCUUUCCAAUCCAUGUGGGUUCGCCGAGAGGACUAUCAGGACUGCGGUCCGGCUAUUGUCCACCGGAGAUGCUACUGA